AUGGAUAUCGCCAAAGUAAAGGCAGACCUAGACGAGUUUGGUUGGGCGGUCGUGCCUGGAAUCCUAACGGAAACAGAAUGUAACGAGUACUCUAGCAGCUACCGAUCGUGGAUAGCGGGUUUACUGCCAAAUGGGCGAUGGCCGUAUUCUAUGAAGUCAAUCAUUCAGUCAUACAGAAUUGGUCAUCUCGAACAAACCUGGAAGAUUCGUGUGAAAUCUAAGCCUGUUUUUGAAGCUCUGUGGGGCACUGAAAAGUUACUGUCGAGUAUAGAUGGGGUAUCGAUUGGCCGACCCCCAGAAGAUGGGAUCACCCGAUUUGAUAAUCCUGGUUCUCAUUGGUUGCAUACCGACCAAUCAGAACAAAAAACCGGUUUACAUGGCUAUCAAGGGGGUGUCAACUUAGAAGAAGUUCUGGAAGAUGACUGGUGCCUACAGGUUUUGGAAGGGUCACACAAGUUCCACUCAGAAUUUUAUCAACGUUUUCCUGAAACGGUGAAACUCAGCAAUGCCAGCGACUUUUGCCGUUUGAGAGAGACAGAAAUGGUCGACUGGUUCAAAGAAAAGGGUUGCCAGGUAAAACGUGUACCAUGUCCAAAAGGUGGAAUCGUUCUAUGGGAUUCACGUACUAUCCACGCAAACGCGUACGCCAAAGAGGGACGUCGAUCGCCGAAUCGCUGGAGAUACACGGUAUUCGUUACCAUGACGCCGGCGAUUUGGUCAACUGUUUCAGACAUGGAAAUUAAAAAGAGAGCAUACGAAAACAUGGAAAUGACGUCGCAUUGGCCAUCUCAGGGUGUGUCCACUUUUCCAGACAGAAACGACUAUAAAUCUGGCGAGAUCAGAACAAUUUUGGUAUUGCCAGAAAUAGCUAAAACGGAAGAGGUGCGCAAAUUAUGUGGAGUGAUUGAAUACGAUUUUAAAGAUGGUCAAUCAAAUGGAGAAAGCUUUGCACCAAAGUGGAAGAGCGAUAAUGGAAGAUGGUGUUGCAUCGUAUGAUAAAACUUCCUGUUAUCCACAUGCUACUAUAUGUAUCUUUCAUAAAUUAUACACAGCAUGUUGCAUGCAAUUAAUCAUUUAGCCGAAACACUACAUGUUUUUUUUAUCUAAGCGAUAACGCUGUGUAUAUAUAAACUGUCAAAUAGUAACAUUUUGAAAUAAUGUUAGUUAUGAUGAAAAAUAUUUACAGGGUGUGUCCUAGAUAGUUUACAGUUCCACGAUAGGAUACAGUAUGGCAUUAACGUAAUCAACGUCACCCCAAUUCAAAAUAACAAACAUGAAAUACAAUUCUCAUUUUAAAAAUAAUA